AUGACUAAGAACCUUCUGAGCGUCGGCGGGAGCUCGCCACAGGGUCAGAACUCCCUUGCAAAUGCCCUGAGCCCUGGCAUACCACCCAUAGGAGCCGGAUCGACUGCUAAUACAGUGUCGUUCCAGUCACAGUUUCGCCACCAGCCAAGCCUAUCGGUGAACUCCAUCAACUCCAUCAACUCGCUCAACUCAUUAAACUCUUUUAACUCAAAUACUUCAACAUCCAUCCAUGAUUCGGCGUACCAAUUUGGUGGUGAGCCACUAACACCACCUGAGAUCGCUAAUAACAGUACCAAGCAUUUCUCCCCUUGGAACACAAAUAACAAUGGAGCGCUCAAAAGCAACUCCACCACUCAGUUUCCGGCUCAGGUGUUCCCCUUUUCAAAUACUGCAGGUAACCCCGGUGUUGGCGCUGCUCCCUCCGUCACGAACACAAACCCUCGAUCCAGGCUCCUCUCUCUUCCGCAAUUACAACCUGCAGUAACGUUUAACAUUGACAAGAGCUUAGCAUCACUGAGUUUACAAAACAACAAUAACUUGGAUACUUUCAAUCCUACGUCAUCAUCAACUACUCCUAUAUAUCCAAAAAAGUCUCAUGAAAAGGAGCUAGUUACGCGGCUCAAUUCCACUCCGUUCGAGGCACUCACUGAUGAGAUCGUUAGCUUAUCCAAGGACCAGUACGGCUGUCGCUUCUUGCAAAGAAAAUUAGACGAGAACAGUACCAUGUAUUUUCCUACCAUAUUUGGUCAGAUCUGUGCUCAUGCCUCCGAACUAAUGGUAGACCCGUUUGGCAAUUACCUUGUUCAAAAACUUCUCAACUAUUGCACCAACCAUGAGAAGGAUUUGUUACUGGAACAAAGUGCACCAGAUCUUUUUUCUGUUGCACUAAACCAGCAUGGUACCAGAGCUCUUCAAAAAAUCAUUGAUUGCCUCGGAACUAACUACCAGUUUUCUUUAGUACGUGAUUCACUCAAGAAUCACGUGGUAGAGCUUAUUCAAGAUCUUAAUGGUAAUCAUGUGGUGCAGAAAUGUAUCAAUAAGUUUUCACAUAAAGAUUUCCAAUUCAUCAUUGAUGCCAUAUGUCUCCAUAUUGUCCGUAUCUCUACUCACAAGCAUGGUUGCUGUGUACUUCAAAAGUGUCUCAAUAAAUGUAACCAGCAGCAACUUGUCCAGUUGGGUGAUGAGAUCAUUGCCAAUGCAAUUGUUUUGAUGAAGGAUCAAUUUGGAAACUAUGUAGUACAAUACCUAUUAUCUAUGAACAACCUUCCUAUCAAUGAGAAGCUUGUUUAUCAGAUUUUACCCUCCAUUUCAAUGUUGUCGGUCCAAAAGUUCUCUUCCAAUGUUAUGGAAAAGUGCUUAAAAAAUGCUCCCAAUAGAUCCUCUCAAAAUGCCAUGUUAGAAGAAAUCUUGAGACCCCAGAAUUUAAAUGCCUUGAUCAAGGAUCAAUACGGGAACUAUGUGGUACAAACAGCCAUAGAUGUGGCUGAUGACGAAUACAAAUUUCGUUUAAUUCAAACAGUUAAACCAAUGUUGCCGUUCAUCAAGUCUACACCGUACAGCAGAAGAAUUCAGUCCAAAAUUUCGGUCGUAUUAAAUCAGAAUGCAAACCUUAAUGCCAUGCUUACUACUUACCAACAGUAUUUUGCGUCAACGGCAGCACCUGACCAAUAUCUAUCCUUUUACAAACAACAACAACAACAACAACAACAACAGCAGCAUCAAUAUCAAAAUCAGCAGUUUCAGGGGCUUCACAACAACCAGAACUGA